AUGAUUUUUUCAGAUGUGAUCUACCCGAACCAAAAUGUUGAGAUUCCAAUCUCCCAAGAUGACAUUAAUGAAAAGAGUAAGACAAUGGAUGAGAUUCAGGAAGAGGAGGAGAUCAGAGGAGACAAAGAAAGUGGUGGAAGACACGUGAAUAUUCCAAUCAAUCGAGAGGAAUCAGAAGAUGAUGAAGCAGCUGGAAUGGAAGGUUUCGAUGCUGAUGAGAAUGUUAUGGAGAAGGAGUCUGAGAGAGAUCCAGAUGAGAUGACCUUAGAAGAACUGGAAGAUCUAGCCAAAUCCUUUGGCAAAGAAGUUUUUGGCAAUGUGAUGGACAAAGCAUCUGAGUUGGCAGGAUCAGAUGACGUGCAAUCAGAAUCAGAUGACAGCUCAUUGGACCCUAACUCGAUCGCAGCUCAAUCUGAAAUUCCAUCAGACUCCGAUGGAGUGAAAACAGUGGAAUCAGAAGAUUUGGAUGGAGUCGUGUUGCCUGAUCAAGAUGAUUUAUCAGAUGAUGAGAUUGCUAGAAUUGCAGCGGAAAGUGUGAAACCAGCGGAGCCAGUUGCCCCAGCCCGUCCACCAGUCCGUGGUGGUCGAAUCGGAAGUGGAGUUCAACCGGAUUCAGCUACUCAACACAACAUUUUUAUUCAGUUUUUCCUUCUCUCUAUCGCUUUUCUCAUGUUCUAA